GUAUAAAUACGUAAAUAACAGUGGCGUUGUGCAUAAACACGUCUCAAAAUGUCUGAACUUAAACCAAUCAAAAUUCGCCAACCGGCCGCCAACCAACUCCUCGAGCAUGCCAAAAAAAUUGAGCAUGAGGAUCGUGAAUCGGCCACCACCAACUCAGGCAACCCCAUCUCCUACAAGGACGCCACCCUCACCGUGGGCAAAAAAGGUACCACCUUGUUCCAGGACUGGGUACUGAUCGACGAACUCGCCCACUUCAGCAGGGAACGGAUCCCAGAACGCGUGGUCCAUGCAAAAGGUGCUGGGGCGUUCGGGUACUUCGAGGUCACCCAUGACAUCACCCAGUACACGGCGGCCAAGGUGUUCGCCCAUGUGGGCAAGAAAACACCCAUUGCGGUGCGUUUUUCCCAAGUGGCUGGGGAGAUGGGCUACCCGGACACUGUGAGGGAUAUUCGGGGAUUUGCGGUGAAGUUUUACACAGAGGACGGGAUCUGGGAUUUGGUCGGGAACAACACUCCCUUGUUUUUCGUCCGGGAUUGUGCCCUUUUUCCCAGUUUUAUCCACAUUUUGAAGAGAAAUCCGGUGACGCAUUUGCGGCCGGAUUAUGACAUGUUUUGGGAUUUUAUCUCUUUGAGACCAGAAUCAACCCAUCAGACGUUGGUGUUUUUUUCGGAUAGGGGAAUCCCCUCUAGCUACCGCCACAUGCACGGCUAUGGUGCCGACACCUUCGGCUUCGUCAACGAAUUCGGCCAAUUCUUCUACUGCAAAUUCCACUACCUCACCGACCAAGGCAUUGGCACCCUGGGCUCAGCCCGUGCCACUGAAAUCGCCGGCCAAGACCCCGACUUCCUCAUCCGCGACCUCUACAACGCCAUCGCCACCGGAAACUACCCCACUUGGUCCUUCUACAUCCAGAUAAUGACCCCAGAACAGGCCGAAAAGCACCCCUGGGACCCCUUUGACGUCACCAAAGUGUGGCUCCAUGCCGACUUCCCCCUAAUCCCAGUGGGCAAGCUGGUCCUCAACCGCAAUCCCAAAAACUACUUUGCCGAAGUGGAGCAAAUGGCCUUCGAUCCCGCGCAUUUAAUCCCAGGGAUUGAACCCUCACCCGAUCGCAUGCUCCAGGGCCGGCUUUUCAACUAUGGGGACACCGCACGGUACCGACUGGGGGCCAAUAAUUUGCAACUGCCGGUUAAUAGCCCCUUCAAGUUGCAUAAUUUCAGCAGGGACGGGUUUGCCACGUUGGACAGUCAAGGGGGGGCUCCCAAUUAUCACCCCAAUAGUUUUGGGGGGCCUGAUAAUGAUAAGAGGGCGUUGGCUUUGUCCCCACUUUUGCCAGUGGUGGGGAAUGCAGGGAGGUACGAUAAUGGAGGGGAGGAUUGGGAUAAUUUUGGGCAAGCGAGGUUGUUGUACCAUCGGGUUUUGAAAGAGGAUGAGAAGGAACGUUUGGUUGAUAAUAUCGUUAAUUGGUUGAAAAAUGCCGCCGAUUUUUUGCAAGAAAGGGCCAUUCGGAACUUUGCGAAUGUUGAUGAGGAGUUUGCUAGGAAAAUUAGGGAAAGGAUUCAAGCCCAGGUCAAGCCAGUGGCUCUUGCUGAGUUGUAGACAAAUUAUUGCUUUGUAUGAUGAUGGAUAAUAAAGAAGUUUUGCAUUGA